AUGCUAAGAAUCUCAAGUAGAUUAUACUCCACAGCUCUCCGAGACACAUUCAAAAAGACAACUUUACCAAAUGGUGUCACCGUGGCUACUUCUAAUACAAAAGGGCAUUUUAGUGCAGUAGGUCUAUAUAUGCAUGCUGGAUCCAGAUUUGAAACUCCAGAGACUAUUGGGUGCACACAUUUGCUAGAUCGUCUGGCUUUUAAAUCAACGCAGAAUUAUUCAGGGAAAGAUAUUUCCCAAAAAUUGGAAUUAUUGGGUGGGAAUUAUCAAUGUAUCUCAUCUCGUGAGACAAUGAUCUAUCAAGCAUCUGUAUUUAAUCAAGAUGUAGACAAAAUGUUGAAACUGAUGAGUCAGACUGUUAAAUCACCUUUGAUCACUGUAGAGGAAGUCGAAGAACAAAAACAAAUCGCUCAAUACGAAGUGGGUGAAAUUUGGCAAAAGCCGGAACUAGCUCUUCCUGAAUUAUUACAUACAACUGCAUUUGCUGGUAAAACUUUAGGUGCACCAUUGCUAUGUCCUUUAGAAUCAAUUCCAACUGUAACUCCAAAUACUUUACAACUUUACCGUGAUGCUUUAUAUACACCAAAAAACACUGUUGCGGCAUUUGUUGGUGUUCCACAUGACAAGGCUGUUGAAAUGGCAUUAACCCAAUUCGCUGAUUGGAAUUUAAAUCCUAAUUCAAAGGUCAAUCUAAUAAAUACAUCGACACCAGAAGUAGCACAGUACAUUGGUGGGGAAGCAUGUCUACCACCAGCCCCAUAUUAUGGUGCUACUCCAAUAGAACUCUAUCAUUUUCAAAUUGGAUUUGAAUCAUAUCCUGCUGCUCAUGACUCAGUUUAUGCAGGUGCAGUUUUGCAAACUUUAUUAGGAGGUGGUAGUUCAUUUUCUGCUGGUGGACCCGGUAAGGGGAUGUUCUCUCGUUUAUAUACCGAUAUCUUGAAUGUCCAUUAUGAAGUUGAUACUUGUAAUGCCUUUUCACAUACAUACAGUGAUACAGGUUUAUUUGGAAUUCAUGUCUCGUGCUUUAAGAAUAAUGCAAAUGACGUUUUAAAUGUUAUAGCUAAUGAAAUUGCCACAUUUUUGGAACCAAACUCUUUUAAUGACAGUGAAGUUAAACGUGCCAAGAAUCAAUUAAAAUCUUCUCUUCUAAUGAACUUGGAAUCAAGGCUUGUAGAAUUAGAAGAUAUGGGUAGGCAAUUAGCUGUUCAAAAUACUAGAAUUCCUGUCUCUGAAAUGAUUCAAAAAAUUGAAAAUGUAACAACAAAGGACGUACAAGAUAUCGCGAGAGAAAUAUUCACAGGUAAAGUUAAGAAUGCUGGUAGCGGUACUGGUAAACCAACUAUUGUUAUGCAAGGUGAAAGAGAGGCAUUUGGCGAUGUAAUGGGCACACUAAAGAAAUACGGUUUAGGUAAGCAUGAUGGUAGAUCUACAGUUAAAGCUACAAAGAAAAGAUGGUUUUAA